AUGAAGCGGAUCAAGCGGGUCGCAGUGGUCGGAGGCACCCAUGGCAAUGAACUCUCUGGCGUCAUCUUGGUGCGCUCCUGGCUGCGAAAGCCGAGUUUCUCCGAAUUCAAAUCUCUCGAUGUCGACACAUUCCUCGCCAACGAAGAAGCUGUGCAGCGCUGCCAGCGCUUUGUCGACGAGGACCUGAACCGAUGCUUCGCAAAGUCGAGGCUUUCCCAGCGCGACGGGGCCGACACCGAGCGUGGCAUCAUCAUCACCAACACUUCCUCGCCGGACCUGCACUGGAGGCUGCAGCUUUGCGCCCGGCUUGCCCGUGAGCUGGCUUGUGCCAGUUGUUUGCACCGAGGUGACUGCCCGGACGUCCAUAUUGUGUUCGAUUGCGUGGGCGAUUCCUCUGACGAGCCCUUCUUGCCGCUGGGCUCGUUAAUGGCCAGCCGCCAAUGGCUUGCAGCUUUUGCAGAAAAGCCCCUCGUAGCCAAGACGGACUUGACCUUCGAGGUGGGGCCCCAGGCGCACGGCACCAUCGUCGCCGAGGUGCUCCGCAGACAGCAACAGCUUGUCCUGGGCACGCUUGACUUUCUGGAGCGGUACAACGCUGGGCAGCUGUCAGAGGAAGAGAGGGCGGCAAAGACAAUCGAGGUCUACAUCCUGCAAUCCGUGGUGCAUUAUCCACGGCGGUCGGAUGGUAGCCUUUCCGCCAUCAUCGCCCCAAAUCUUCAAGGACGCGACUUCAGCCUCCUGCAUCCUGGCGACCCUGUCUUCCAGGACAUCGACACCGGGGCGAGCAUCUCCUGGGAGGGGCCAGAAUGUUUCCCGGUCUUCGUCAACGAGGCCGCCUACCUACCAAGCUUCGUGGCCUUCCACCAGACCAAGAGGUGUGAGGUGGUGGUGCCAGAGCUCUCCUGUGAUGGCGCCCUCUCCGAGAUUGCGCCUGGAUGGGGUAUGGAUUCCGAUGGACGGUGUCCAUGGCUCACGAAGCGGUGCAAUGUCUUCGCCCAGUGCAGGGGUCAGCUCAUCCUCAAACCAGAGAAGGUGGACAUGAACAAGGUUCGCGAGCUCCUGCGCCCCAGUGCUCUCGGACAGGUAGCUGCGGAGGACCAGCAGAAGCUUCUGACCUUCCAAGAGCUUCAGUGCCAGGUGGCCGGCUCCACAGCAGAGCUGAAACAAGUGCUGCACGACGGACCGUAUGUGGAGUUGGAUGGCAAGUGGCGUCUGAUGCCUGAGAAGCUCAAGACCCAGAUUCUGGACACGGCCCUCACCGUUGUCACGGCACAUGGCUGGGCAUUGCAGGCCGUCGACGGCCCUUCACUACUAGAGGAGGUCCAGAAGACGCUGCCUGACGGUGAGGUCUCCGUCGCCAGCCUGGGCGUCUUGCAAAAGGCCCUGGCCUCCGUUGUGGCGACAAGCCCAGGAGCCGAAGCUCCCGAAGAGGGUGAGGAGGCUGGCAGUUCGACUUUCAAACUGGAUCCGCAGAAGAUCAGCGGCUUUCGAGCGCUGCAGAUCCUCCGCGAGGACCCGCAGGAGGUGCGACGGCGCUAUGAGCUGCCUCCUCCAGUGCCACAGAAGCUGGGGAUCAAGCGGCCGCGCUUGGCGAAGACGGUGAUGCCCGGUUCCGGCGCUCUGCAGGUGGACGAGUUCCUGCAGAUCUUCAAGGAACUGACCAACACCGACAUGACAUCCGACCAAGUUCUCCAGGCGGUGUGUGAAGGCAGCGCCUACGUCGAUGAGUUCGAGGCAGGGCUUUUCGCACGCUGA